AGUAGAUGAAUAUGAAUUUGCAAAGGUUCAGAAAAGAAUCCUUAAAGGUUUCUUCCUCUGGCCUGAAGAAGAUACCGAUGAUUCAAAACUAAGCAUUUUUGGAAAAUUUUGGAAAAGAUUCAGAAGAUUCUUCUUUUGUUGGUCCUUGUUACCCACAACUAUGCCUUUGAUGUAUGAUGUGAUUGCUUUACUAAUAGAAGAUGAAUCUAAAACUAUAGAACUUCUGGAACCUGUUCUUGCAGUCUGUUGUCACGCUGGUUACCACUACCUAGGAGUCUGUUGUCUCUCCAAUGGAGAUCUCAUGGUUAAAGUCCUCGCAACAGUGGAACGCAUGAAGUUCUUCAGACCCAUUGAUGAAAUCAUAGAAGUAGACAGAAAAGCAACUUGGUUUACCAAAUUUCUCUUAAUGUAUUCUACAAUUGGUACCAUAUCAUACUCCUUGAUGCCUAUCCUACCAUCAGCUUUAAGGGACUGUAGAAAUAACCUAACUCCUAGUAUGAUCAAAUAUAGUAUACCAUGUGGGUUGGCAUGUAGAGUACGCAUACCUUUUUCAAUGUACAUGAAUGAGAAGGUUUUGAAGGUGAUCUGGACAGUCAGUUAUUUCCAUCAGAUUUAUUUGAUAUUCUGUGUGACAUGUCUGUUUGUUACCUUGACCAUGUUGAUCUGUUCAGUGGUCAUGCAAUGUGUUUACCAUUAUCGGGAACUGAGGAAACUCAUGUUGAGCAUUGAUGACAACAAUGGGGAUCAGAAACUUUUACAUAGGAGUAUCCAUUAUCACAGUGCAAUCAUCAGACUUUGUGAAGAUGUCAAUGAAGCCUUCGGAACCCAAAUGACCAUGUUCAUAGUGGUACCAUCAUUUGCCAUCAGUCUCCUUGGUUUUGUCCUGUUAAUAGUAGGUUUCACUGAUCGUAUCCGUUUUGGUCUACAUCUCCUCGGAUGGAUAGCCAUGCUCCUCUUAGUAAACUUUGGAGGGCAAGUAUUAAUGGACGAGAGUAUUGCUGUAGCAGAAACAGCUUACGCCAUCAAAUGGUAUGAAUACCAAGUGUCCUUUCAAAAGGACCUCUUCAUGGUCAUCAUGCGGUCACAGAAACCUCAAUUCCUCAACGCGUCCAAUAUCAAAAACUUAUCGUUUAAUACAUUCCUAGCGGUUAUUAGUUCAGCAUACUCGUAUCUGACGAUGUUAAUUAAUAUGAAGUCGAAGUGA